CGCUGGGGACUCACGUGGAAGGGGUGCCCUUAAAAACCUAGCCACUGAGUUGUGCACAAGUUCAUUUGUUAGGCUUUAUCUGACUUUCCGUUCCCCAAUGUGUCUAUUUAACCUGCAUUACCUCAUUUGCGCUUCUGUCUUCUCACCGCAUUUUUUCAGCGCUCUGCCGUCCAACGCUUUCGCAUUGCAUCACCUGCGCCGGCACAGAAUGCACUUGCCUUUUCCAUCCGGAUUCGACUCUACUCGCCACAGCGAACUACCUUUGAACUGAUGAAAAUUUCAGCUGCUCAAUAGAGGCUCGAGUUGACGCCGCUUUGCUUCUGUCCGUGGUGCUGAAAUGCACGCACCGUCUAAGUAGGCUACCUUGUGCUUUUACACUAACACUGUUACUUCAGAACAGCUUUUUUGAAAUAAUUUGAUUAAUAAUUCAAAUCUACCAUCGACGCGUCUCGCGUCUUCGAGAAACACCGGGAUUGAAAAAGAAAAAAUUAAUUACAUUUGCCAGCCGAGAGUAUAUUUAGGCUGUAUCGAUUUUUUUAGGAGUGAGUGAGGAGCUAAAGAAAAAAAAAAAACAUUUUUUUGGAGGCAGGGUCUGUGUGUACUUCAUACAGAACCUCCUCAAGAAACCUCCUUUUCCUUUUUAAACUUAAACUAAAAGUCCUCAAGGAAGAAGAAAGUUUUUUUUUCCCAGACAGGGGAUGAAUAUUUCUCAUUUCCGAUUCUGCUUUGGAUUUUCCUCCUGGAUAGAUCGCUAUUAAAUCGAGCGCCAUUCACGCAGAACUUGCUUGAAUACAGAUGAUAAUCUGAACAGAGGCUUCACGCAAGCAGCAGUGUGGAGAUGGAAGCGUCCACCAACGGCUCCAGUUUUGGAAUCGACUCCCUGCUAUCCCACAGGCCCGGAAGCCCAGUUAUCGCGAAGGGGGACAGUUUGGUAGGAGAAUGCCGGUCCCCGCUGGAGUUCAGCCCCAGGUCAGACUUAGAGAGCGGUUGUUCUUCUCCUCCGUCCCCGCGGCGGGAGUGCGGUGAGGAUGCGGCGCAGAGACAGGGUCAUCCGCUCGGACUCGCGUCCCAUUUGCAGCACGGCCCGAUCUCCGCUGGAUCGCAACCUCGGACUGUCACUUCAUCCUUCUUAAUAAGAGAUAUUCUGGCUGACUGUAAACCCUUAGCGGCGUGUGCUCCUUACUCCAGCAACGGCCAGCCGACUCAGGAGACGGGGAGACUGGCAUCUAAAAUCGCAGACGACUUCAUUGAAAAGAUCCACAGUAACUCGUCGUCAGACAGUGAAUACAAAGUGAAAGAGGAGGGCGACAGGGAGAUCUCCAGCAGCAGAGACAGCCCGCAGGUUCGCCUGAAGAAGCCACGGAAAGCGCGGACCGCCUUCACUGACCAUCAGCUCGCCCAGCUGGAGCGCAGUUUUGAGCGUCAGAAGUAUCUGAGUGUGCAGGACAGGAUGGAGCUGGCAGCCUCUCUCAACCUGACCGACACGCAGGUCAAAACCUGGUACCAGAACAGGAGGACAAAGUGGAAGAGGCAAACGGCGGUCGGACUGGAAUUGUUAGCGGAGGCUGGAAAUUAUUCCGCGCUGCAAAGGAUGUUCCCCUCGCCGUAUUUCUACCCUCAAAGCCUGGUGUCGAAUCUGGACCCUGGAGCAGCGCUCUACUUAUACAGGGGACCUUCGGCGCCCCCGCCGGCGCUGCAGCGUCCUCUCGUUCCCCGGAUUCUUCUGCACGGUCUCCAGGGCGCCAACGAGCCGCCGCCGCCUCUGCCCCCCCUCUCCGGUGUGUUACCCAGACCGACACCACCACGAUGAACGGCACGAGUCGGACUCGUUGCAAUACAUGGCAGCUUUGAACUCCACCAUCAGAAAAACUAUUUUACUGGUGACAAAAUAUUCGAGAAAUUUUACGAAGCCACAAAAAGUGAUUAGAGACAUUUUGAAACUUUAUUUAAUUAUUUAUUUUCCUUACGGUUUUUUUUUUUUUUUUUUUUUUUUUUAACUUAUAUGUUUAUAUUUGUUUUGUUUACCCUAAAUGUUAAAUCUGGAGAUGACAAACCGUUAUAUACUGAACGCAAUAAUAACGGGACAUGAUACUACAGGGACACUUCGUUUCAAAAUUAUUAUUAAUUAUUAUUAUUUUAACUAGUGAAUUGUUGGUGCAUCCCUGACGCAAAGAAUAUUUAAAUGGUAGAUUCAUAUUUAAUAUUCCUGAGAUGAAAUCCAGGUCAUAAAUCGUGGGCUUUGUAGUGACCCUCUAAAAUGUACAAAGGAAAAGAGGUGUAAAUAAGAAUAUUUUGUUUUAUGUUCAAAGACAUGAAUUCUCCAAUUUUCUCUUUUUGUAUCAUAUUUCCAAGCCUUACGUUAACAGGUGAGCAGCACAUUAAAACCCGACACGUCUUUACAAAACGAAAAAGCUACUUAGAUGAAGAACUGUCACUUUUCUAUUUGACAAACAGCUGAAUGGUGCGGAGUGCUACUAUGCCUGAAGGUGGAUUGGACGAGAUGGAUUAUUAAUCGAUUAUCAAUCGAUUAUUUUCGUGCUGCUUUUUUCGUUUCUAUAUUCCUGCACAACUGCCAGUAGAAUCACUUUGAUGUUGAUGGGAAACCGCCAAGUCCUCGUUUCAGAUCGCUUGUGUGAUCAGUAAAGACGUCAAGGAGAUGACAUGCAAAGUGUUCGCCCAGGCAUUGUGCAAUAACUCUGUAUAAAGCCGUUGAAAUAUCUUGUCAUUCUUUCUGGUGAAGCUGUAUAUUGAGAAUAAUGAUUUGUGAAGUAAUGAUUCUCGUAAUUCCAAAUGAUUUUCGUUCGUGCCCCCCGUGUGCUUAGCGGUGUGAACUUCUUGGAAACUCUUAAAACUGCUGGAUGUGCGGGGGAGGGUGGUCUUUGAGCAAGGAGAAUUACUUUUAUAAAUGUGCUAAUAAAGAUCUUUCAUUAAUUUA